AUGAAGGGCAAGUAUGGGGAGGACGUUCUGGUCUAUGAGGAUGUAAAAGGAUAUGCGAAGCAGCUAGGGCCACGCAUGGGCGUGCGGAAAACCUUUACUUACAGCUAUGGUUGGGUGGCGAGGUUUUUGCGCCGACAGGGGUUGAACCUGAAGAGUAUUAGGAGGGAUGUGGCGAAGGGGGGAGAGCCUGGGGCGGGUGGGGGCGGGAAUGGGGAGGGCGAGGGGGAGAGGGAGGCGGGGGAGGGGCAGGGGGAAGGGGAUGAGGUAGGGACGGAUGGAGAGAGGGGAGGGGUUACUACAGACGAUGGUGCUAGUACUGAUGGGGGCGGUGAGGGCGAGGGGGAUGAGGAAAGGGGGGACGAGGAGGGAAGGGGAGAGGGAGAGGAGGCAGCAGGAGGGGAGGCGGGAGGAGGGGAUUCAGGAGGAGGAACAGAAGGAGGGGGGGCAGCAGGAGGAGAGGCAGGAGGACGGGAGGCAGCAGGAGGGGAAGCAGCAGGAGGGGACGCAGCAGGAGGGGAGGCAGCAGGAGGGGAGGCAGCAGCAGGGAAUGCAGCAGCAGCAGGAAAUGCAGCAACAGCAGGAAAGGAAGCAGAAAAGCCGACAGAAAAGGCAGCAGCAGCGCGGGAGGCGGACGAGUUGGCAGGGAGGAUCAUGGCUCUAGUGGAAAAGAUCAAAGCAGGGGAGGCAGUGCCACUGCUGGAAGAGGGGCUGUUGCCGCGGAAGGGAGGCAGGAAGGGAGGCAGGAAAGGACGCAGGGGGGCUAUGAACCAAGGCGGUAAUAACGAUGGGGGUAGCGAUGGUGGUAACGACGGUGGUGUCAAGCAGCGCAUGCAGGUGCCGCUUCCGCUGAAGCUCGCCGCGUGUGCCGUCUACCGCGCCCGCCCCGACCUCCCCCACGUGAUCGUCCACCAGACCCUGCAGAAGCGGUACAAUGUGAAGCUAGAGCGGUUGAAAGCGGCCAAUUUGCUGAGCAUGGAGGCGAAUAUGAGGGAGGCGAUGCAGCGGGGCAUGGUGAGGGCGAGGAAGGGCAGAGAGGUGCAGCUGGAGGAGGCUCUUGCUAUGGCCGAAGAGGAGCGGGGGGAACAGGAGGAGGAGCGGGGGGAACAGGAGGAGGAGCGGGGGGAACAGGAGGAGGAGCGGGGGGAACAGGAGGAGGAGCGGGAAGUGAGGGAGCAGGAGGAGCAGCAGGAGCAGAAGGGGGGGGAGCAGGAGCGGCAGGAGCAGAAGGCGAAGCCAGUGCAGCAGCUGCAACAACAGGCCCCCUGCUCCUCUAAUGACGGUCCCGCAGGUGCUGGCAUACGCCAAGCGCCUGGGCCCGCUGGUGGGCGUGUCCCCAUCGUUCCGCUACACCACUGGCUGGCUGCUGCGCUUCCUAAAACGCCACAGGCUUGA